AUGCCUGAUGGGACGGUAUUUGAAGAUGGGACCUUUGGAGCUGGACCUGUGAUCUGCAGAAUGCUGAGUUAUCCCCCAACUCGCCGAGCGUUAAUUGUGGGUUGUGGUCUACAAAUGUUCCAACAGCUCUCAGGCAUUAACACCAUCAUGUACUACAGUGCAACCAUUCUGCAGAUGUCUGGUGUUGAAGAUGAUAGACUGGCAAUAUGGCUGGCUUCCGUUACAGCCUUCACAAAUUUCAUUUUCACACUCGUGGGUGUCUGGCUUGUUGAGAAAGUGGGCCGCAGGAAACUCACAUUUGGUAGUUUAGCAGGUACCACUGUAGCCCUCAUUAUUCUUGCUUUGGGAUUUCUGCUAUCAGCCCAGGUUUCUCCACCCAUCACUUUUAAGCCAAUAUCUCCUUUAGGUCAGAACACUACUUGCACAAGAUACAGUUACUGUAACGAAUGUAUGUUGGAUCCAGACUGCGGGUUCUGUUAUCAGAUGAAUAAAUCAACCGUCAUUGACUCCUCCUGUGUUCCAGUUAAUAAAGCAUCCACAAAUGAGGCAUCCUGGGGCAGGUGUGAAAAUGAAACCAAAUUCAAAACAGAAGAAGUAUUUUGGGCUUACAAUUUCUGCCCUACUCCAUACUCCUGGACUGCACUUUUGGGCCUUAUUUUAUAUCUUAUUUUCUUCGCACCUGGAAUGGGACCAAUGCCUUGGACUGUGAAUUCUGAAAUAUAUCCCCUUUGGGCAAGAAGCACAGGAAAUGCAUGUUCAUCUGGAAUAAAUUGGAUUUUCAAUGUUCUGGUUUCAUUGACAUUUUUACACACAGCAGAGUAUCUUACAUACUAUGGAGCCUUCUUCCUUUAUGCUGGAUUCGCUUCGGUGGGUCUCCUUUUCAUCUACGGCUGUCUUCCUGAGACCAAAGGGAAAAAAUUAGAGGAAAUUGAAUCACUCUUCGACAACAGGCUAUGUACAUGUGGUGCUUCAGAUUCUGAUGAAGGGAGAUAUAUUGAAUAUAUUCGGGUAAAGGGAAGUAACUACCAUCUUUCUGACAACGAUGCUUCUGAUGUGGAAUAAUUAUCAGCUGCUUAUAUAUUCAGUCAUUUAAAGAAACUUGGGAGAGAAGAACAGCAAUUGGUGACCUCACUGCCCUGCUUUUAAUCUGGUUCUUUCCACAGUCUAGUUUGAACAACUUCAUAUCCUAGAAUAUUUGAUUCCAAGGAAGAUACCAUCACAGUGACAUUUUUUUCACACACAGAGAUGUAAAAAAAUUUACGGAGAUUUUAAACUAAUAAUUAUUGAACAAAUGUGUGUAAUUCCUUCCUGAGAUAGUUUGAAAUGAAUAUUGUACCCAGUGAAUUCAGUGAUAUCCUUUUUUCCUAAGACUAUAUAUAAUUAUUAGUGGCAGUUGAGUCAGUGCUAAUCCAGCCAAAUCAUAUAUGUAUGAUAUACUUAUGACAAAGGAUGCUAAAAUAUGGUCCAAAGGUAUUUUCUGUCAAAGCAUGGUCUGUUGGCCCUAAUUUUUCCUAAGGAUGAGGCACUUAUCUGUGAUCAGCUAUUAGAAAAAAAUUCCAUUUAAGUUUUCAACAAAUUCAAAAGUGUCUCCUACAAGGGCACAGCUAUCCUUUGUAUUCUACAUUUUCAUUUCUCUCUCCAAUUCAAAUCUUGAAAAUUCUUCAGCAGCUGACUCUGUACAGAAUCUUUGGAACAUUAUAAAAAGCAGGUCUUUUAAGGUUUAUUUUCCUACAUAUUUUUUGCAUCAGUUGAGAAGUAUACAUUUGCACAGAUUAGCUAGCAAGUUUUGAUAAGUAUAUUUUAUUGCUAGAAAGAAAGAAAAGAUUUUUAUGGACCUUAAAGAUUUUUAACCCUGAGUUAGUCACUUAAGUGUGCAGCUGUAAACACAAAAUAGCACUAGAUCUUCAACUGUAUUUCAGGGUCAGUUUUUGUUCAAGCCAAAAUCCCCUGUAUUCACAACUUCACUCAUCAACUCUGGAUUCCUACUAUUUGUGCCUUCAUUUGUGUUACAUAAAUAGCUUCUAGCAGACUAUUUUCCCCCCUCUUUUAAUCAAAUAAUUUCUGAAACAAGAAAGGAAGGAAGAAAAUCAGCAGCAGAAAUAACCUUGCUGUUAUUUAUGUUUGUUUAAUUAAGCAGUGAGACUUCUAUUUUUCUUAACUUUUUAUUAACUCUUCUUAGGGGAAUUGUCACAUUUUAUUACGUAAUGAUACUUGUCUUUUUUUUUUCUUUUUAAUUCUAAGAGUAUAAACUGGUUUUUAUUUUGCACAUUUUCUCUGACAUUCUCUUAAAAAUAGAUACAUAGAUUUGUCUUUGAGUGUAUCCUUUUUCUCAUGCUUGACUUGGAUUUUUUUCCUUCUUGUCUAAAAACUGGGAUUUUCCAUUGGAACAGAUUAAUGGUUCUCAUAUGUGUCUUUAAGAAAUGUUGACUUACUAUAUUUCUGCAGUAUUUUUUCAAAGUAUUCAUUGGUUUCUAUGCUCAUUCUUCAGUGAAUUCCAAUUUUUGCUCAUAUAUUAAGAACUACAUAGUACGUACAAAAUCACUCACAGAGUACUUAGUUCCAGUGAAAAUAUGAAUGAGUCUUCUGAGGUCAGUUAAGAGUGCAAACAUUUGAUACAUUUUAACAUGUCUCUAAACAUCUAUUAAAUUAUUCUUUGAAGUGAAAGAGUGACUCCAAAUUCAGUAUAUUUCUGCCAGUCUCCAAGAUGGUUUGGUCUCUCUCAAAGUCUGGCUUUAAGAAUGUCAUAAGAACAUUAUGACAAUUAUGACAGCUGAGAAUGUAGCCAAAGAGUUCCAUUCUCUAAAGCUAAAAAUCCUUCCACCAAAAAAGAGUUUUCUCCCUUUGAUCAUUUCACGUAAUUAAAAAUGUAUAUAUUUUUGAGAGCUUUUUUCCUUGAAUUAGGUGCUCUGACAAUUGAUUUCUAAGGGGAUAUUAAUUUUGAUUUUCCCCAGAAAAGCAGAUGUGCUUUAACACAGAAAGUUAUUAUUCUAUUGAUAUUUCUUAUCCCAUAAGAAAUUUCUUAUUUGUAUAAUAUUUCACACAGGUAAAAUGAAAUGGAAAAUGAACUAUUGUAUGAUAAAAUCAGAAUAUAAUGUGGAGAAAAAGUAUUUAAACCCAUAAAGUGAUCUCUUUAGAAAUUUGUUUUCCUGAUUUAUCUAACUAAUUCCCACAAUUCUUCUGUUUAUUGUGUACAUGGCCUUAACUAUAUGCUUAUACGCAGCUGAGCUGAAUGCACAGUAACUUUAUUAAAGGAGCAACUGGGCUCUUUAUAGCAGAACAUGGCCUGUUCUCCCUGGCAUAAGUAAAUGGUGUUUUCAACUUUAUAUCCAUAAAUGCACAUAAUAACAGGGAAAAAUAGCCACAGUUCUUGUCUUCUAUUCUCAAUUCCUUCUAUAAAGGACUACUUGUUAUUUAUAUAGUGAUAAAAAUAAUAUUCCAUAUCUUUGAAGUACAAGACAGAGAGACACAGUAUAAGAAUUAUUUAUAAUUUUUUAAUGACAACUACUUGAAAAGGAACCUUAUAAAAUUAGGGUAUUUUUUUUAGAUUCAGUGAACAUUUAUAGUAUAUUAAAAAUUAAGUAUUUGAAUUUGAAGGUUUUUUAAUAUUAUGCACCUUCUAAGUUAUCAGCAUCUUUGGCUACCACUGUCAACUUGAAAACAUUCCAUUUGAAAUAUCAUCAAAUAUAUAUUUUAUAGGAAAAUUUAUAUAUGCUAUGAUUUGAUCUAUCAUAUUAAAACACAUUAAGCAUCACACUUUUAGCUGAAAUAUGUUCCCUUAUAAACAUGCUAUAAAAUUAAUAGAAGUAUAUUGUGAUUUAGGAAAAUAUAGGGAAGAUGGUCAUAGCCUCUACUGAGGCCUAGCUGGAUGGCUGGUAAGAUAUGCACUAGACUUAAGAGAGUAUAACAUUUCAUUUGCAUCUGAACACAUAGGGCCGAAUGUUAAAAUCAGAUAGAUUUUAGAGAUUAGGUAUUAAUAUUUUUCUUAAAUGUAAAAUUCCUGAUAAUUUUGAUUGUUGCACCUUAGUCAAUAAUUACCCAAAACAUGAUUUUAAUGUAUAUAUAAAAGAUCUAAACUAAAAUUAGAUUAAAAGGUAUUAUUUCCACUUGAAAUUUUAUCACCAGUAAUAUGCAGUAGUUAGUUCCCAGAUGGAAAAUGCUGAGAGUAAUGUGAUCAAGUACUUUUCAUAUUUUUAUUUUACCACUGAACCAUUUUAGUGUGUAAGAGUCUUAAUAUUGUUUCUUAAGUUAUUCACUCUAAAAUGGAAAAUCUGCUAAAGUAGAGAAUUUAGAAACUGUUUACUAUAAUUUCAAAAUCAGUUAUCCAGAGGAAGAAUUAACAGAGAAAAAUAUGUUGAUAACUUAUCCUUUUGCCUUUAUAUCAGAAAGUAGAAUUGAAAUGCAUUAUAAUAAUCCAUAGAUCUUGGAGGAAGGGUAUUCUAGAAAAUUUUCUUCAUGGCAUCUAAGAAAAUCUCACUAGUCUCAUUAGCUUAAUGACACUAAUAUAUUUUAUAAAUGCUGUAAUACAGUAAGAGAGGUGGGAGCAUUCUUUUGACUUUCUUUCAUCAGUAAUUAAGAAUAAUAAAAUUAAUAACGUGUUUUAUUAUAAUUAUUUUACUAUUCUCCUAGUUAUGAAAUCGCAAAUUACACUAAGCACCUAGCAACUAACAUUUAUACAGUUGUUGUGUCAGUUUUAAGUUGCCACAUUCAGACAUUUUCAGUAACUACAAAUAAAAAAUGACAUACCAUGCCAGAGGCAGAGAAUUCAUAAUAUGUACUUUAUACCAAAAUGUAUUGAGUUUUGGAUAAAUUGUACAACUUAUGUGUGGCUUCUGCCUAUUAAAAGACUCAGAAUUGUUCUCUGGAUUAAUUUUAGCAUCCUGUUUUCUGUUGCUUUCUGUUUUCUUAGCCUCAUGUACAAUAAUGUUAACCUAAUUUGAUGAAGUGAUCCAGGUUGUAGCAGCGUAUCAAUUUCAGUAUCUUCAGUCCUUCCGGGUGAGCAAUAUUGCUGCUAUUUUCUAGAAAUAGCAAUCAUUUUAAAAUGCCAACAGCUAACUGCUCCCAACUCUCUUAAAGAUCAUCUCUUAGAGAAGGAGAUUUUUGUGUGCCAGUAAUCAUCAGAGAGAGAUUUCGUAAGUGUUAAUGAUGUUCAGAAAUACAUGAAAAAAUUUUAUAUCAUAAUUUGCUUGUGAGUGUAAAACAAUACAAUUCUCAUAAGUCUUUACUUUUUAUGUAUAAAACAGAGUUUGUUACACUUGAGUGAUUUGGUCUGUGGAAUGUUAAGUAUCUAUUUUCAUUUAGCAGUAAUAUUCAGCUUUUGAUUUUAGACAGUUAAGACUGUGCAUUUGAUUUUAUCAUAUCAAUAUAAUGAGAAAAAGAAACAUAGCUUACAAGUACUAAAAAUUAAAAACCACAAAUAUUUUGUAAAAUUUUAGCAAAUUUACCAUUAUUCCAUCUCAUUUGAAGGUUAAAAAAUGAGACUCAACUCUCGCCAAAGUAGAAAUUUAUGUUCUACAUGUCCAAACUGGUUCCUAACAGCUUUUGGACUAUAUUUCACUUGAUGUUAUAGUAUCUUUUAUUUGUACAAACUGUUCAAAUUUCUAUUUAAAAGCUCUGAUAUACAUCUAGAUUAAAUGGAAACACAGUUUUGUGCUUUAAAAUAUGUUUUCAAAAUGUAUAUUUUAAUUUCCAAGAGUGCAUGUCAUAUAGUGUUUAAUUUCAUGUCUUAACAAAUCCAAUAUAAAUAUUUAUUCCUACAUGUGACGAGAUAUCUCUUAAAAGUUUGAAUAUGUAUCAUUUCCUUCAAAGUCAUUCUAGCUAUAGUUGUAUCAAAGUAUUGUAUAUUUUAUGGAGAUUUAAUGAUGUAUAUGUAAAUGUUUUUUAAGUUAUUUUAUUGAAGUUCAAUCUUUACAUAAAAUUAAAUCUUUUUUUUAAAGUGUCAGUGCCAGAACUGUAAAUGAAAAUAAUCAAAUAAAAGUUAAGACAAUUCACUACUCA